AGUUUCUCCGGGCAAUUGUGAAGCUGUUCGGUCAAUCUUUGUGAAUACAGCUUCUUGUUUUCUUUUUCAUCGUCCAAUUCACUGCUCCUCUCAGUCUGCUACCUACUCUUUGCUCACUCAUCUCUCGCCAACAUGUCUUUCUUCGCACGACAGAUGUUCGGCCAAGUCCAGCGCCGGGCUUUCUCAGCUACGGCCAGACAGCCCUCCAAGGUUGCCAUUCUCGGUGCCGCUGGUGGUAUCGGUCAACCUUUGUCCCUGUUGAUGAAGCUCAACCCUCGUGUUAGCCAGUUGGCUCUCUAUGAUAUCAAGCUCGGUCCUGGUGUCGCAGCGGAUAUCAGCCACAUCAACACCAACAGCACAGUCAAGGGUUACGACCCGACACCCUCAGGCCUUAAGGAAUGUUUGAAGGGCAGCGAGAUCAUCCUCAUCCCGGCUGGUGUCCCCCGGAAGCCUGGCAUGACCCGUGACGAUCUCUUCAACACCAAUGCAACUAUUGUCCGUGACCUUGCAAAGGCCGCCGCCCAAGCCGCUCCUGAAGCCAAGCUCCUGAUCAUCUCCAAUCCUGUCAACUCCACCGUCCCCAUCUGCGCCGAGGUGUACAAGAAUGCCGGAGUCUAUAACCCCAAGACUCUCUUUGGUGUUACCACAUUGGACGUCGUCCGCGCCUCCCGGUUCGUUUCCGAGGUCAAGGGAACCGAUCCCGCAAACGAGAACAUCACUGUUGUUGGUGGUCACUCUGGUAUUACCAUCGUCCCCCUGAUCUCUCAAUCCGGCCACUCCGAUAUCACUGGCGAGAAGCUCGACGCCCUGGUCAACCGCAUCCAAUUCGGUGGUGACGAAGUCGUCAAGGCCAAGGACGGUGCAGGCUCUGCCACUCUCUCCAUGGCUAUGGCUGGUGCCCGGUUUGCUGAGAGCUUGUUGAAGGCUUCGCAAGGCGAGAAGGGUGUUGUUGAGUGCACCUUCGUCGAUAGCCCAUUGUACAAAGACCAAGGCGUGGAAUUCUUCGCGUCCAAGGUCGAGCUUGGCCCAGACGGUGUCCAGAAGAUCCACGAAGUUGGUAAACUCAGCAAACAGGAAGAACAGAUGCUUGAGGCAUGCCUGGGAGACCUGAAGAAGAACAUCCAGAAGGGUAUCGACUUCGUCAAGGCCAACCCAUAGACGAGUUUGAGCGGUCAAGACGGAUGAUGCUCGUGUGUACCAAAAGCAAAGAUUCUGCAGACAUGAAGACAAGGAGUUUACUCUCAUCUAGCAUUCUGACAGGAUAGAAUAUCGAGGCUUGCAACCAACUCCUCCCUGUGCUCCCACUGAUAUUCUUGCCUGCCUCGAAGCAAUUGUUUUCUAUUGCUGUAUCCAACCUAGCAAGACAAUCAAAGUACAAUACGUCGUUUCCGUCUUAAUGCACAGCCAUGAUCUGACGAGUUGCCAGGGUGAAGCGAACGCCCAUGCCUUUAGGCAACUGUUGGUGAAACUGCGCGUAGGGUGGCAUGGCCUCUUCAGUAACGGUGGCAUAGUGUAAACAAGCACAAUGCAUUGCUUUCCACUGCCCGGUGUAGCUGCGGGCUGGACGUGUCUGCGGUCAAGUGCAGAUGGGCGUCCAAUAAGGGUGCUACACCUGUAUGCACCACGUCCACGGGUAAGCGACGUUGGGCGGCCAGACGCACACUACGCACACUUGGCCUUGAUCAUAAAAAGCUCAGCUUCAACUUCUUCGCGAC